CACUCUGCAGGUGAGGAAUUCUCAAAUCCAGAAAAGAGACGCGAGCAGCCCCCCACCCUCCGGCUCAACCCUGAGACCCCCGGACGCUGCCGCCGYGGGAUGCUGCAACCAUUCAGGAGAAGUGAGGAAGAGCAAUGAGAGGAAAGAUAAACCUGGAGGAGCAGGACAACUGAAAGGGACAGAGGGAUUGCCUGACAUGCGCCUGGAUUCCUGUUUAAACUCUUGAAUUCUGUAUUUGCUCCUCAGUUUUGUGCACAUUUGGAGACUAAGAGCUUUUCAACAGGUUGAUGUUGAGAGGUGUUUAUAAUAUAUCUCRCAGGAACUGGAGAUUUUAGUCGUUUUUAUUUUUAAUUCAUCAGACUUUCUACUAGCUGACAUUCUUUUCRGACAUAUUUUCACCUUUUAUAUCUACUUGGAAUAACAAGAAUCACUUUCAGAGAAAAAAAUACAAGAAAAAAAUGGUGCUUUAAGUGUCUCUCAUAUWUUACACCAUCAGAAUAACUCAGAAGGAUAUCUUAAGAUUCCAUGCAAGUGCUGAACAAUUUGGAUUCUGCAGGGGGACCAUCUCARCCAGUCUGGACUGUGGAGGGCUCCCCUCCCUGCCUUAGCCUUUCCUCACCCCCAGCAGCAUGUCCCAGGCUCUGAGGCUGCCUCUAGUCCUCCUCACAGCACACUACCAUGAUCAGAUGGGCUGCUGGAAGGAGUAAGGCUGCCUUUGCCUCGUUCCGCUCCUGGUCUGGCUCAGGAGCUMGUUUUGCCUCUGGGUCCAGCUUCGGGCCGAGGCCGUCAACACUGCGUUCCUCCUCGUCUCUCCCUGUCCUKCUCACACUCGUGGUUCUCUCCCUGUCCCUACCUGAGGCCGCCGGCCACCAGCCCCGCAGAGACAGAGCGAGGCCCGCCAACCUGCAGACAUUCGAGGCUCCACUGAACCUCUCGAGGUCUGAGUUGAUCUCUAGACCCCGGGCCACCAGGGGCCCCCCGGGUCGGGGGCCGCAGGGCAGACAUGUGCGCAGCUACAACCACCUACAGGGGGACAUUCGGARGAGAAAGCUGUUCUCUUUCCAGAAAUUUUUCCUGAGGAUUGAUAAGAAUGGACAAGUCAAUGGAACCAAGAGCAAGGAUGACCCCCUCAGUAUUCUGGAAAUCACAUCAGUGGAAGUGGGAGUGGUGGCCAUUAAAGGACUGAACAGCAACUACUAUCUGGCGAUCAGCAGGAAAGGAGAGCUGUACGGAUCGAGAGAGUUUGGCGCCGACUGCAAGCUGAAGGAGCGAAUCGAGGAGAACGGCUACAACACGUACGCGUCGGCCGAGUGGAAGAACAAGAAGCGGCAGAUGUUCGUGGGCCUGAACGUCCACGGGAAGCCGAUGAGAGGAAAGAAAACCCGCAGAAAGAACACGGCCACCCACUUCCUCCCAAUUAUGGUGUGAACUGGAGAGCCCACCUGGAGUGGGAGCAGCCACCUACAGCACUGGACAGAGAGGAUUUCAAUACUUAAAAAGAAAAAAAAAAAACAAAAUAAUAAAGACAUGAAUUAGGAAAUCUCUCAUUUUGGAAAAGAAAUAAAAGGCACUAACACUGACACAAGUGGUCUCUGAGAUUGAGAUGAUGUAUUUCACUGGGUGAAAGAAGAUGAUCUGUGUUUUGAUUGGCACCAGCUGCAGGGUUAAUGGUUUACUUCCUGUGCCAAACAGUUUAAAGCUGGAGUCUGUGUGCGAUGCAGACAACACUAAAGAUGUUUUCCCAGUUAGACGGAUCUAUAUGUGUUAUUUAUAUUCAAAUAUUCCAGUGAGACGUUUAUUUAAGGGGUGAGAACGAUUGGUCCGAUUAUCACGACAGCACGAAAUAUUAGAAGAUGAAGCACAUUUAAAGUAACACUUUGAUACUUAACCACUGUGUUCUGACUGAACUGUAAUGAUUUAUUUAUUUUUUGUGAGAUAUUUAACUGGAAGGAACACCGGCAUUCCUUUGCAUUCUACUUUUUAUAGGAACUCUUGUUAUGUAAGAAAAUAAAAUCACAAUUUCCUCCUCUC